UCAUUAACAGAACUCAGAAUCAGACCUCGACCCCGAUAGCUCCAACCAGAGCAUUUGUGCAAAAUGAAGUCGGUACUGUCCUAUAUUUUAGUAAUUACUAUUCCAGCAUUAUUAUCUGCUGAUUACAUAAUAACAGAAUCAGAGCAUCAUCAGAGAGAUGAUACAAACUAUUUGUCAAAUGUUCUGAAGCUGCCAGGAAGAAUACUGAAGAAAAGAAGCACCAAGGAGAAUGGCAAAAAGGGAAGGGAUCUUGAAAUCUAUAAUAUGAAGAUUGAUUCCAAAGUUACUUCUCGAUUUGCUCACAACAUGGUAAUCAGCCGGGUAGUGAAUCGAGCAAAUAAGUCAAAGGAAGCUUUCUUUGAAAUGGACCUACCCAAGACAGCCUUCAUUACCAAUUUCAGCAUGACUCUAGAUGGAGUGACUUAUGUGGGAGCCGUAAAAGAGAAAGAAGUUGCUCAGCACCAGUACCAACAAGCAGUUUCACAGGGACAGACUGCAGGACUUGUGAAAGCAUCUGGCAGAAAAAUGGAGAAGUUUAAAGUGUCAGUAAAUAUUGGAGCAACCAAAAAAGUCACAUUUGAACUAACAUAUGAAGAAUUAUUAAAACGUAACUUGGGGAAAUAUGAGAUGAACAUCAAAGUAAAACCCCAACAGUUUGUCAAAGAAUUCCAGAUUAAUGUACAUAUCUUUGAACCACAAGGCAUUUCCUUUCUGAAUGUUGAUGCAAAGUUCUUAAAAAAUAAUCUGACUUCACUUGUGAAAAAGACACUUACUGCAACAAGGGGCCAUAUUUCUUUCAAACCAACUCUUGAACAACAACGCAAAUGUCCUGAUUGUCAUGAGACAAUUCUGAAUGGAGACUUCAUCAUAGUAUAUGAUGUCAAUAGAGACCUGUCUGCUGGUAGUGUUCAGAUUGUAAAUGGAUAUUUUGUGCAUCAUUUUGCACCUGCUAAUUUACCCAGGAUCCCUAAAAACGUCAUUUUUGUAAUAGACCACAGUGGAUCUAUGAGGGGUACAAAAAUGCGUCAGACAAAUGAAGCUCUUAUAAAAAUUUUGGAUGAUAUGGACUCAAAGGAUCACUUUGGAAUUAUUAUCUUUGAUCAUUCUUUUGCAACAUGGAAAAAUGCAAUUUUUCAAGCAACUCCAAACAAUGUGACUGAAGCUAAGCAUUUUGUGAAAAAAAUUUCAGCCAAAGGAGGAACAAAUAUAAAUGACCCUAUGCUAGAAGCAGUGAAACAUCUGGAUAAGGCCUAUCAAGACAAGCUUCUGCCUGAAAGAAGUGUCUCCAUGAUUAUUUUGUUAACUGAUGGUGAUCCAAAUGAAGGAGAAUCAAACCCAGUAAAGAUUCAGCAGAAUGUUAAAAAAGCUGUCAAUGGCAAAUACAAUGUGUAUUGCCUUGGGUUUGGUUAUGAUGUUAAAUACAGUUUUCUAGAGAAAAUGGCACUUGAAAAUAAUGGUAUAGCACGGAGGAUUUAUGAGGAUUCAGAUGCUCCCUUACAGCUCCAGGGCUUUUAUGAUGAAGUGGCAAAUCCCUUGCUUUUGGAUAUUGAAUUACAAUAUCCAGAGAAUGCCAUUUCAGAGUUAACUCAGGCCAAUUUUAGGCAGUAUUACGAUGGGUCGGAAAUUGUAGUGGCUGGCAAGAUUUCAGAUAAUAACCUGGAGUCACUCAUUGCAGAGGUCUUUGCACAAGCUGCUAAUGAAAACUUAACUCUAAAAGCGGAAGUGCAGGUAUCAGAAGUUGAAAACGUUACUGCGCAGCAGCAAUACAUUUUUGGUGACUUCACUGAGCGACUGUGGGCUUAUUUGACCAUACAACAGCUUUUAGAGAAACGGAUUUCUGCAGAGCCGAAUGAAAAGGGAAACCUAACCAACAGAAUCCUGGAACUGUCACUCAAGUACAGCUUUGUAACACCAUUAACAUCAAUGGUGGUCACAAAACCAGAGAAAAAUGAGAAUGGCACAUUUGUUGCUGACAAACCAACAGAAGAUGAUGAUGAUAAUGAGGAGCCAUUAGCAUUUAGAACUCAAACUGCUGGAAGACCUAAAGCACAUUCACCUGUGUACCUAAAACGUCCUGUACUCAGUCCUUCCAAUCGUCGGGGCAUCCCUGGUUUUCCUGGCCUUUCUCAUUCUUCAUUUCGUGGACUGAAGAUGGAGGAUACGUUGAAUGGAUGGAAAUGACCAGUAUUGGAAGGAGUUUGAAAUUGAAUGUGUAAUGGUGUUGGUGAAAGAGGGGAAGAAAGGACCAGAUGGCCAAGAUGAUGAUAUUGUGCUAAAAUAAUUGGUUCUGAAAACAAAAUGGGAACAGAUAUGGAGAAAAAUGCUGUCAGAAGCUCAGAGGGUGUGAAUGAAGUGAACUAUGGUGAGAUAUUUGUGAGUAUUGGAUGGAGCCAGGAGUCAUUCGAUGUCAGGAGUAUCCUGGUCCAUCUUCUAUGCUUUUGACAAG